AUGUGGGAAAGCCAAGGACCGAGCCGUUGCACAUUCACGGGAACGCAAGUUCAGAGGGAACGUUGUUGCAGCGGUCUCGGCUAUAACCACGGGUUUACGGUACACGAGGGUCUUUCGUAUUCAAAGAGCAAAGAAACACGAGCGUUGGACAGUCCUCCUACAGCUACGAAGAACGGAGGGCAGUGGUGGAGCAACUCACCUUUCCUUCCGCGACCGGCCGAGACAGCUUCAGAAGAGCGACAAACCGAGCCCAAAGCUAUGCCCGAAAUAUUGAUGCAGAAAGUGCAGCGUGCACAGUUGAGCAACUAA